AUGCAGUUUGAGAGCUUACUGGACAGUCCAAAAGACUAUGUUUCAAGCCUUUUGGUUGUGCCAGAAAACCCACAUUUGAUUGUUACGGCCUGGGACGGGACAACAUCGGUUUACGAUUACGAGAAAAAUAAGCUUUUGGCUCGAUUAGAGCACGAAUAUGGACUUCUGAGUAGUACAUCUACACUGGGCGGGAAAGUUUGCGUGGGUUCUGUCCAAGGUGAGAUUCUGGAAGUGGAUUUUGAGUCUGCGAAAUUCGAUUUGAUCUCUGACGAUGCAACGCUAGGAAUAAGUGCCAUGAGCACAAGUAAUGGGAAUGUAGUAGCGGGCUCGUGGGAUGGUAACUUACAAAUAGUGGAUCCCAGGAAAAAACAGGUGGUUUAUCAAAAACGGAUGGAAAACCGUAAAGUGCUUGCGCUCGAUUCCAACGAUGACGUUGCAGUGGUUGCCUACACGGGAGGAAAAGUGGCUAUUUACGAUUUCAGAAACAUGGACCAGCCCGUGAUACAAGAAUCGGGUCUCAAAUUCCAAACCCGCGACAUCAAACUGAUGCAGCAAGGUCAAGGCUACGCACAAAGCUCCGUCGACGGCAGGGUAGCGGUCGAAAGCUUCGAUAAUGAAUCGCAGAGACUUGCAUUCCGCUGUCACCGAAUGAAUCUGACUGACAGCCAGUUUGUUUUCCCCGUGAACUCAUUAGCCUUCAGUUCGAAGACAAACCGUCUGUACACGGGAGGCUCCGACGGCAAAGUAUUUGCGUGGAACAUCGAAACUCGCAAAAAGACCGAACAGUUACUCAAGACAGAGGAGAGUGUUGUAAAACUGGCAACGCACGACGAUAUGUUGUUUGUGGCUGCAACAGACGACUCUUUCAAAACGAUGGCCACGGUGCAAGACGUGGAAACCCCCACCAGCCGAAUCUAUUUUACAAAACUAUAA